AAAUUUCUGUACACAGUCUAAUCUAUGUUUCUCGUGUCUGUAUUAUUCAGUGUCUGUUUCUAUAGAUGUUCUUUAUUUUUUUGUAUUAAUUCCACAAAACUGAAAUACGUACUAUCCUGAUAAGAUUUACUUUUAGUCAAUUAAUAAAUUUGUACAGUCACCAAAGUAAUGCAGUAACAAUUUUCUACCUCAUCAUAAUACUUCCACAAUCGCUUGCUAUCGAAGAACUACCAAACUUAUCCUAUUGACCUGUAACCUGAACAACAUUCAUAAUGGGCAAGGCCACAUCUCUGAAAGAGUUAUAUGCAAUAUAUAAAAAAUGGGUAAUAAACAAUCCUAGUGUGGUAACAGACGUCGAAACAGUGGCUACGUGGUCGUCAUAUUUCGUUGCUGGAAAGAUAAAUAAAUCGCCGAUAGUGUCGGAACUCGUGUAUUCUCUAUCAAAAUUGCUAUCAUUGUUCAACGACAAGUUAAUAAGAGAAGCAUACGGCAACGAAGUACAUUACUACGGCUUCCGAGAGCAGCUGAAACUAUGGCUCACCAUUAUACACUAUACAGAGGUAUUUGUUGAAUUGGUUGCGAAGGACAGGUGCGCGACACGAGGUAAAUGGACCGUUGCCACUUUGCUGCAGUUAUUCAAGUGUUCCUCAGCACUAAUACUGCUAUUCAGAUACAAGGAGCUUCCCAUACAGCACCCCCCAAUACCUUCAUUGCAAAGGAAACAGUACACUGAUGGUAAAGAAACAGAUGAAAAUUCCAAUGCAUUUUUCACAUUACGUAGGUCAGGUCGAGUUAUACGCAGGGUUGAUGGUGCACCCCCAGUGGCGUUCCGGGAUUGGCAACCUAUCAAAGUUAAAGAUGACUCUGCAGCUUUGAAUAUAGAAGGCAAAGAUUUAGUGUAUGCGGAAUCAUUGCAUAUAUUAAAGCCAUUAGUACAUCUCGCCACUAUGAGGUUGUUUGGUACGAGAGCAUGGAAACAGUGGUUAGUAGCUCUAUUCAUUGAUCUAGCCAGUAUGAGGCUUUAUAAUCGGCAUAUGAAGGAACUGUCAUACGAACAGAGGCUCGAGAUAAGUCGAAGAAAGCUUGGCUUGGUCCUGUACUUGUUAAGGAGUCCGAUGUACAAUGGUUAUUCUAAAAACGUCAUAGAAAACACACUGACCUCAGUAUCAAACAAGGUGCCAUUUAUGUCAUUCUUAUGCGGACCUAUCAUUCAGUAUCUGAGCCAUUGGCAAGAUAUUUAUUUCUAUAUGUGGGCCUCGUAGAUUAUAUUUGCAUGUGUAUUGCUGCUCUUAAAUAUUGGUGUGGGUUUAGUUACUAAUUGUAUGUCUUUUAUAUUGAAUCCCAGGCCCUUUGUUGUAUUUCACUGUCAUAUGUAAAGGAUCAUAAAUAUAUUUUUUUUAAUGGUAUCCCCACCUGUGUCAAAGCUGUACACUGGCGGGGCACCAGUGAGGGAUGAUAUUCCAAAAGUGAUGAAUAUACUUGGAAUUCAGCACAAUGGUUUUCAGGGGGACCACGAGGUGGUUGACCUGAAUAGAUACCCUAUUGUUAGCAAUGGGAUUGGUAAUCAAUAUUACUAACAAUCCCUUCCCCCUACAUGUGUGCAUUUUAAAAACACAAAUAUGGUGUGUUUACUUAGUAUAACCUUUUCUAUCAUUGUACCAAGCCUUUUUAAGGGUAGACAGACAGGACUGAAUGCCAAAGAUCAUUAUCAUCGCACAUCCUCUUGUUUCUUAACUCAUGUAAUGCAUUAUUACGGGUUUUGAAAUUAAAUCCUCUGUCAGUUAGCAUAUGUCUAUCUGAUUGUUAUAGGAUUAGCUAGACCUCCAUUCUUUUACUUAUACAUCCUUAAAUAAUAUUAUAAAUGCGAAAGUGAGUUUGUUUGUUACGUUUUCACAUAUAAACCACUACAUCAAUCAAGGAGAUGGUUAUGAACUACUUUUCUCCCUGUCGAUAAACAUAUUUCAGUCUCACCAUCGAAGUUGCAGGUAAAAGUCAGUUAUAUAUAUAUAUAUAUAUAUAUAUAUAUUUAUAUCUUUUUUGAAGAGCUUUUCAAUUGAUUUUCCUUUUUAUACAUGUGACAGUGUAUAUAAUUAUAUACAGGCAUAUAAUCCAUAUAGACAAAGUAAAAUAUGAACAGUCAUUUGGAUGGAUAUAUGAAUUAUAUUAUUAUCAUAGUUUCGAAAUAGAAUUAUUCUGGAUCAAAGUUUACAUAGAUUCUCUUAUGAAGUUUGAUUAUCCCUUAACAAUAUUCUUAAUAAAAUUUCACCUUACCCAUCUAUACCCACUGUAAAAUUAUUGGAUUUGGUUAAAUGUUGUUUUUAGAGGGUUAUGUUUGAUAAAUGAGAGCAGAGUUGUUAGUUGUUCGGUAAUAAUUGUAUAGAGUAUAGUAUUAAGGAAUUAAUUGUAAUUUUACUUACAAGGAAUGGGUAGUGUUAAGCAAGGGUCGAACCUUAGGGUUGAGCAUGGUACAAGAAAUUUCACAAAACAUGAUAAUAAGCUUUAUUUGAUUUAUUGUAAUAAUUUUUAAUGUUUAAAUAUUUAUUUAUAAUUGAAUGCUUGACAAUUUAUUAAUUUCAAUUUGUUAUUAUAGAAAUAUUAUAAAAAAAAUAAUAUGAUUUUCAAUUGCAGAAUAAUUAUUGGUAUAUAAUUUUUUACUAGUUAGGUUAUAAAGUUUUUAUAUGGAUGUGAUGUAUUGAAAUGAAUUGGGUAAAUAUUUUAAACAAAUAUUAGAUCGAACAUUCAUAUGAGUAAAUAAGUAGCUAGGUAGGUAACUAAUACAGUAGAAUCUUGAUUAUCGAAAUCAAAACCAGCGGAUCUACCAUGAAAUGAAAUUCCAAAAUCGGACCAAUAAAUGGAGUUUAACAUUUCGAUUGUCAUACAUUCUAUCAUAAAAGUCCAAAGGAUUUUAAUAUUUUUAAUAUUUCCAAACGGCAUGUAUUAUGUAAUUUUAACAUCAAAUUUGUGUUUCGUUGGGCUCCGAAAUUUCGGAAAACAUUUCACGGUCGUAUAAUCGAAAAUCCGGAUAAUCGAUUUGAAAGUCAAAUCAAACAAUAUAUUUUUUUUAUUAUGUAAAGGGUUUUACAUACGUCAUUUAGACAAUACGGUAUGAAAAAAGUUAUGACCUAUAUAGAUAAUGGAUUACAUAAUAUCUAUUUAACCAAUUAAUACAUAAUACUAUUUCUAAAUAGGUAAUUAGAGCGGUGAAGAAUAAGUACGGAUAAUCGAAUAUUCGGAUAAUCGAUAAUUGAAUAAUCGAGGUUAUAUUUUUUAUCAAUUGUCACACUUCCUUUGCAAGUUCCUUAAAAUCUCGCUUCAACAAGCCGAGUUAUUUUUAGUAUCUGUUUAUUUACGUCUAAUAUUACCUGUGCUGUAUCAAAUACCACAUUCGGUAUACAAUUUUACUUUUAUUUAUUAAUUGGAUAAAUGGUAUGUAAUUUGUGGUACAAGAUAGUGUUCCGUUUUUAUUAUACUUAACCCAAGAUAACUUAUUAAAUUCGAAUGAGAAUCUUCACAAUUAAAUUAAUUGGGAAUUUUAACUAUGAAUAUGUAAUUAUGAGACGCAAAUGUGUGUUAGUUUAUAAAUUUUUAAUAAUUAUUUAUAUUUGAUUAUAUAUUUUUUAUUAUACUUAUACAUUCCACGUUUUAUUCAAAUUGGGGUCGGUUCUGAAAUGUUAUGUUUUUUUAUUUCUAAAACUGAUUUUACCAUUAUAUUACAGUGUAAUGAUUCUAAGGACCAAAAUAAACUAAAUUUAUAUUAAUACAUUUAUUAUUUAAUAUGUAUUAUUAACAUAGUCAGUUCUCAGUGAUUCAUAGUAUACCUAAUAGUUCUGCAAAAAUACAAAAAUAAAAUAUUAAUUUUGGGGAAUGGUGUGAGACUGUAUCGACUCCAUUCUCUUUACUUACAAUUGAUUAUAAUUAUUUAGAACGUCGCUUAUCUCGUACGUACUGUGGUUUUAUCGCGUACAACUAUGUAUACCUAUUUAUUUUUAAUAUCAACAAUUUAAUGUUGACUUAAUCAUUGAAAUCAUAUCUAAAAAUAAUGAGAGGUUGUGUCAUAAACGGUUUUUUAGGGACAUGUCGUGCGGAAGAAUUGAUAUUGAAUUGAUUUGUAAUUAAUUGUAUGUCCAUGGCUUUUUAAUAUGAUAACAUAACUAAAGGACCAUUAUGUACUCGUAUUACCUAAUUAAGAGGAUGCACACUAUAAGCUUGGUAAUGAAUUACCUUGUAUGAAAUAAUCUUGGCUUUGUACAAAAGUCGAUUGCUUGGGUACCUCUGUCCUAUUCGUGUUUCAACCCUGAAGCAGUGUGUUUGCAUGGCUGUGUUUCGGUUUGAAGAGUGGGAUAUGGCGUGAAUUUACUGGGUACAGAGGAGUAAUAACUGAGUCCUCAGGAAUGGCAACGCAUGGUGGGUAUCAUGGGCGAAACAGUAUACUCUGUUAUGUCCAUGGUACUGCUCAUGUCUAUAGGCGACGGUUACCACUUUCCAUCAGGUGGGCCGUUAGGUUGUUUGUCAUUUUAAGUUGUGUGUAUAUAUAUAUAUAUAUACCCAUUCUUAAACAUCAUCUCACACGCAUAUAUUAUUUAUUUUUUUUAUAACAUUGGAGGCAAAUUAGCAUGCGGCUCACCUGAUGGUAAGUGACUACCGUCGCUUAUGAUCACACCAGAGGCAUUGCAGAUGUGCCGCCGCCCUUAUAUUAGAAAACCAUAGUUUUUAUUAUAUUUAUUAGUAGGUAACAUUUUGUAACAAAGUAUUGAAGAGUGGCGCCCCCUGGUACAGACAUUUUAGUAGGAUUUAUUAAUGUCAAUUGUAUCACUGGAAUAAAUACCUUAUGAUUUUUCUUAUUAGAGUCAUUGUCAAACAUACGGUGUGCAACAUUAUAUACAAAUCUGCCAACAAAUAUGUCCAAUGUUUGUGAAUUUUUGUAUAAGUUGUGUACUUAUACAACCUGUAUGUGUUUUAGUGUCCAAUUUUAUAUAUUUUAUUAUGGUUGGAUUAAAAUUUACGCUAUAAUUCUAUCUCGUCAGACUGAAAAGCUCCAGACCUCUAAACAAGCGGCAAACUAAUCUAUUGAUAGAAUCGGUACCGCUAGCGACUUCAUGACAGUUCUGUCAUUCAUGACAGGAUUGUCAUGAAGUCUAGCGGCGACGUCGGAUAUCUCAUUCUUUCUCAUGCGAGUGCUGUAAUGGUUCUGUUGUUAGUUUUCUUUGCUACUUGUCAAGAGAGGUCUGAAAGGAAUGUUAGUUUGUCCGGGAAUAUCUGCAUGUAAUUAUAAAACAAAACUCGUGUAUGGGCUAAUGAGAGUAGGAGCUCGGUACUGUGUUAAAAUAAUAUACGUGAAAUUUUAUAUUUUUUUAAUUGCUUCUUAUUAGAACAUUGAAUUGUGAUUGACUAUUGUGACAUAAAUAUUUUUUUAAAUUCGAAAUACAAAUUGUGAAAUAAUCUAGUACCGAUGUUUUUGGUAGUAAGGUGGUGGUUGGUAAUGUAUGGUUUGGUACCGACAGACCGACUCUAGGCAAGUGGUAACAAGUCUUGCUAAAUAUGUUUACGCUACCACACUAUUUGUCGGAUGAAGGCAUUUUUUAGUUGACAAAAAUGGAUGACUUACACCGAUGGAGCACCAGUGAGAGGAUAGGUGAAUGUGCGGUCAAGUCAUUUGGAUCAUUGUGACCUGUAAAAUUUUGCUUCUUGGAGGGACCACAUGGAGGUCGAUCUGACAGAGUGUGUUACAGUACGAGGAGGAAAUAGUGGCGGAAUUAUACAUUUAACCGCCAGUUUAUUUAGCCCAGUUUACAAUUAUAUUCAUUGUAAUUUUUUUAUUAAUGAAAUUGUAACUUUAUAAAAAAAAAUGGUUUUUGCCUUUCUCAGCUAGCUGGUAAAUUCGCCAUUGGAGUUAUUACUAAUAGUCACUCGCCUGUCGGAUAUUGAUCUUUUUAUUCUUUUUCAUGAGCGUGGUAGCGUAAACGGAUCUAUAGGUCUAAUUGUAGAUCAUGUCCCACUUGUCUAGAGAGUGCUGUGUUGAUUAACUCAAAAUUUUUGGUUUUAUAAUAUGCGGUCUGUUAGUAGGCAGCCAAUGUUUAGAUUAUUUGAAUGCUUUACUUGUAAACCUAAUUACGUAGUACCCAGUUUGUUAGACCAGUACUUUUUGAUACUAUGUUUAUUAUUGUAUUAAUGAAAUGUUGGAAAAUAAAAAACAUAUUUGAUUUA